AUGGAGUCUGAAUCAAUGGAAUAUCGAUAUCUUGGAAGGUCAGGACUAAAAGUUUCAGUCCUCAGCUUCGGCAAUAUGACAAGCGGAUGGGGUGAUGGUACUGAGCAAUGGAACUUUGAGUGCGUCGACAAGUGCAUCAGACGAGGAGUCAAUUUUUUUGAUACAGCUGAAUUUUAUGGCCUCGGAAUCGCUGAAACAGUCCUUGGAAGGAAUUUCAAGCAAGGGGGAUAUGACAGAGAUGAUCUUAUUAUAACUACUAAGUUAGCCCCUUCAGGAUUCGGAAUCCAAGGAUUGAGUCGCAAAAGGAUAAGACAAGCAAUUGAUCAUUCCUUAGAAAGAAUGCAGCUUGACUAUGUUGAUGUACUUUACCUCCACAGAUUCGAUCCAGAAGUCCCACUUGAAGAGUCUAUCAGAAUUAUCAAUGAAAUCAUAGAGAGCGAUAAAGCAUUCUAUUGGGGAACUUCUGCCUUUACUCCUCAGCAGAUCUCUGAGUGUUUUGCAAUUUGUGAAAAACAUGGAUGGAUUCCUCCAAUUGUUGAGCAAUGCGAGUAUCAUAUGUUCGAAAGAGGAAUUGUUGAGAGAGAUUAUGUGCCUUUAUUCGACCAAUAUGGACUAGGAACAACUGUUUGGUCUCCUAUGUGUGGAGGACUUUUGUCAGGAAGAUACAAUGAUGGAAAUAUUCCAGCUGGAAGACUCGAAAGCAGCCCAUUUACUGCUUUGUUUAGACAAUGGUAUGACAAACAUAUUGGAAGCAGAAAAGAAGCUGCUAUUAAAACUUUGACUGGAUUAAAAGCUUUAGCAGAUGAGCUAGGAUGCUCACAAGCACAACUUGCUCUUUCUUGGGUAAUUAAAAAUCCUGAUGUUUCUACUGCAAUUAUGGGUGCUAGUGCUUCUCAUCAUCUUGAUGACAAUCUUGGUGCUGUAGAUGUUAUGAAAAAGUUAACACCUGAAGUUCUUGCGAGAAUUGAAGACUUGCUUGGAAAUCGCCCAGCCCCUUCAAUGCACUGGAGAACUUUCACACCAAAUCCUCCAAGAAGAUAA